CAAGGAAGGCAAAAAGUUUGCCAAAAUAAUCAGUACAUCAUUGCUGGCCCGACUUGGGACUCAUUGGCCGUUAAUGCCUUUUCACAAACUAGCAAUUUGAAAAUAGUUUGUUAAUCAGAUGACACGAGUUGAAACAACGGGACCACAGGGGAGCAUGGCGGCGUCGCUGCUGUCAGAGACGGAGAUCCAGCACCGGUCUAUGGCAGAGGAGGAUCCGAACGGCAAUGAGCACGGGGCGGCUGCUCGCAGCGCGGCGCCUCGGUGGGGACCGCAACAUGCUGGGGCCCGCCAGUUGGCCAAACUGUACUCUCCGGGCAAGCGGCUCCAAGAGUGGAUUUGUGUGAUCCUGUGCCUCUCUCUCUCCUUCUUCAACUUUGCCUUUCUCAUCAUCAACUUCUCCACAGUGCACAUCUUCAGAAUCAUCUUCGGCAUAGUGGCUGGGAUGGUGAUGGCAGACUUUGCCUCUGGGAUGGUGCACUGGGGAGCCGACACCUGGGGCUCCGUAGACAUACCCAUCAUUGGGAAGGCGUUCAUCCGUCCGUUCCGCGAGCACCACAUCGACCCGACGGCCAUCACGCGACACGACUUCAUCGAGACCAACGGGGACAACUGCAUGCUCACCAUCCUGCCCCUCGCACACAUGGCCUACAAGUUCACAAGCUACACACCAGAGGCCCUUUCGGACGCCUACCCGUGGGAGUGUUUUGUGUUUGCGUUGGCCGUGUUCGUCACCAUGACCAACCAGAUCCACAAGUGGUCCCACUCUUACUUUGGACUGCCACGCUGGGUCACCGCGCUGCAGAACUGUCACCUGGUACUACCCAGAAAGCACCAUCGCAUACACCACGUCUCACCUCACGAGACGUACUACUGCAUCACAACAGGCUGGCUGAACUACCCUCUGGACUUGCUUGGCUUCUGGCGUCGAAUGGAGUGGCUCAUCGAGAAGACGACGGGACACAGGCCGCGCAGCGACGACCUGGCCUGGAUCAAGAAGACCGACUCCUGAUGAAGACCAAAGUGAUGAUGCGGAUGCUGAUGACGAUAUAUAACGAUGGCCACGACAAUGAUGAUGAUGAUGCUGAUGAUGCUGUUGAUGUCCGCAAGUGGCCAUGACGAUGUAAAUGAAGAUGAGCUGGGUGAUGAUGCUGAUGAGAGGAGAUGAGAUGAGGGGAUGGGUACUGUAGCUAUCCGUCCAUCCAGGAGCAAAGGAUUAAGUCUGCUUUAUAUUAGGCCUUACUCCCCUCCCAAACUACCACCACUUCUCUCUCUCUCUCUCUCUCUGUGUCUUUCUCUGUCCCUUUUGCGCUCCAUCUUUCUCCUCCCUUCCACUGCCCCUCUACCUCUUUGUACUUCCCUCUCACUCAUCCCCUCUUCUCUCUCUCCAUCCCACCCUCAUUGCAUUUCUCUGUUAAGCUUUAUUAGGCCUUACCCCCCCACCACCACCCACCACCUCUUCUCUCUCUCUCUCUCUCUGUCUUUCUCUGUCCCUUUUGCGCUCCAUCUUUCUCCGUCCAUCUCCCUUUCUCCACUGCCCCUCUCACUCAUCCCCUCUUCUCUCUCUCUCUCCCUCCCUCCUGCCCUCCCGCUCUCGUCGCAUUUCUCUGUCAAGCUUAAUCACAACAUUUUUUUUGUGUAGAUCUCCAGUCUGCCAGACCUCUCCUCUUCUCCACCUCUUCCUCUCCUUGUCCUCCUCUCCUCUUUUUACUCCUCCUCGUCCAGGUCCUUCUCAUUCUCCUCCUCUUCCGCCUCCCUCUCCUCCUCUUGCCCCCUCCUCUUACUCCUCCCUCUCCUCUGUUCUUCUCAUUCUCCUCCUCUUCCUCCUCCUCCUUCUUCCUCAUCUUCCUCCUCUUCCUCGUCUCCAUCCUCCUUCUCUUCCUCCUCUUCUUCUCCUCCUCCUCCUCCUCUUCUUCCUCCUCCUUCUUCCUUAUCUUCCUUUUCCUCCUCCUCUUCCUCCUCCUCUUCCUCUUCCUCCUCUUCCUCCCCCUGCUACAGCUGCCUUCUUUAAGUAGCGCUAUAACGCAUCAAGACUCUUCAGUGCCACCAUUCUGAUCCUCUUGAUUUUUACAGCCAUGAUUUUAUAUCUUUUGUUCUGUAGACUUGAUUGUAAAGGGGUCAUAGCGCUGAAUUAUGAUGAGAUUAUGAUCAUCUUUCUUAUUUGAGGAAGCAAUUACAUUUUUCUUUUCAAUUUCUCUCUUUUUUUAAUAUUUGAUUUUUUUUCUCCAUGUUUUUUGUCAUGAUACUGAACAGAUUGGCCACUGUGGUCUUGUAUGAUCACCAGGCCCAUGAUGGAGUAGUGGAGGAUUCAGGAGGAGGAGGAGGAGGAGGGUUGGUUUGGGGGAGUAUUUAGUCUGGGCUACACCACUGACUUAGCCGACCAAACAGAUUGCUUCAUUUUGUACUCUUCUGUUGUAACCCAUAGUUCUCCUUCUUCUUUGUGAAUUGUUGUUGGGAUUUAAUGUUUUCUUGAGGAUGGGCUCUCCUGGAGACAAAACUGUUUUUGUUUUGUUUUUGUUUUUUGUAAAAUCGACGGAGGUGUAGAAAUUAUGAGAGAAGGAGAGAGAUUGAUUAUUGAUAAUGGUAUUGGUGUAUAUUAGACAGACAUCACCUUUUGUGCUGUGUCUUGUGAAAGACAAAGAGUUUGUGUAAAAUAGCCUUUAGUCCAGCACCACCCUGUCCUUUACACUAGCUUCAGUUAGUCAAAACUGCAUCAGACAGACACCCAGUACAGCACACCUACUGUACUGUAGGAUACCCUCUACUCUACUCCUUUGGCCCACACACGGAAAGGGCUCGAUUGGCCAACUGAUUUGACUUUACUGAGCAUACUAUGGGUGUGUUCCAAUAUGCAAAUUUGCGUCCUCCACUUAUGCUUGUGGCCUGGUACCAGGAAGUAAAAUGUCGUGAUGACAUCACUGACAACAACAAUAUAUUUAAAUAUCUCGCAAAAGCUCAGUUCUAAAGUCAUUUUCUCAUUUUCAAACAGGAUGGUAAAUGAAGAAUACUUCCCCAAAAAGUAUUUUGGCUAGGCUGACAGCAGGGGAAUAUAAUUGUUUUCUCCACGGAGGCAGGACAUUGGCAAAACAUGAGGCCACAAGCACAAGUGGAGGACGCAAGGCCACAUAUUGGAAUGCACCCCCUCAGUGCAGUCCAUUAUCCCAUCUCCUGUCCUCCAACUGUGCUUGUAGCCUCGUGCUCGUGCUUUGCUGAUGCCUUGCCUGCCUGCGUGGAGAAAACAAUAAAGUUGUCAGCCUAGCCAACUUUUGGGAACCUUUUCCCCAAUUCAACAUACCCGAUUGCAAAUGAGACAAUUACCUUUGAAUUGCGCUUUUGCAAUAUAUUGAAUUAAACUUCUGUUGUCAAUGACGUCAUCGCGAGGCCACCAGCACAAGAGAGGAAGAGAGUUGGGAUAAUGGAAAGAAUCUUGCUCGCCUUCAGAGCUCUUACCCACACAGGGAAAAGGUUUGUUUGGCCAACUGAUUUUGUUUUUUUGUUUGUUUUUCAUUUUCUAUUUUCCUCUGAACGGUUUGUGAGCACAGGCCAUAUCAGGCAAUGCUACAUCAUUCGCUAAGUAGGGUGCAAGUUAUAUGAUCUUGUUGCCUACACACAGGGGGUGCAUCAAAUGGGCCUGAAUUUACAAAAUCCCACUCUUCCCAAUCCCAAAAUCCCACUUCUUAUGUGGUGUUGUUUGAUCCUUCGAACUGACCGACAGUAACUUUCUUUCUUAGUUUAGCCAAUUUGAUAUGAAAGGGUGGCAUAGUAAGCUUGAAAUUUCCAUUGGCAGUAUACGGACUUAUUUAUAGAAAAUCUGUGUGGGAUUUUGCCAAAGCUCAAACCAUUUUAUGCCCCCUAUGCUACCUAGUUGACUAUGUACUGAAUAUGAGCGAUUCACAUUUAGCCUCGCAUCUUUAGCUACGUCGACCCAACUGAAUGUCCCCCCCCCCCUCUCUCAUCCCUCCCUGAAUGUCACUCAAGUAGAACGUACAGCAUAUGCAGACCUUAAGUGACCAGACAGACACA